UAUAAAUCCCUAACGUAUCGAUAUAACCGCCAAAAAAUGUUAAACAUAUUCAAUAUCUUAAUCACUAAACAAUUAUUAGCAAUAAGACGGCUAAAGAUGACGACCACAACAACAACAGCUAUACUAUCGGUACCGAUGAUAGUAAUGGCCAUACAGUACAACACAUGGCGGACACCACCAACACUUAGAUACUCAACGUAUAGAUACCAUUGUAGUAGUAGUAGUAGAUCUGGUAGGUUGUCGUCAUCAUCAUCAUCUGGCACUGGUAUGUCAUCAUCAUCUGCACCCAUACUACUACUACAACAACAACACCAGUAUCGGUGGCGGUUCACAACAAGAUCGGCUCGGCUGAUGGACACCAACGAUACCAAUGGACGCCUCCCGGAUGGCAUCGAUAUCGCGGCUAUCAGAAAACAUUUCAUCCGAUCAAUAGGUCUGGUAGUUACCAGCGAAUUGGACGACUAUGAACUGGGCUAUUCGGAGGGAACCGGUGUUAUUGUGGCCAACAAUUUCGGACAACAGGGUUGUCUAUUGUUAACCAACUGUCAUGUGGUCAGCCAUUCGUCUAUUGUUGAAGUCAUGUACAAAUUGGACGUUGACACCGACACCGACACUGAUAGCGACACAGACAACGACACCAACAUCGACACCGACAGCGACUCCGACAGCGACACCGACAGCGACACCGACAGCGACACCGACAGCGACACCGACACCGACACCGACACCGACAGCGACUCCUACAGUGAUUCCGACUCCGACACCGACGACGAGGACUUGUUUGUAGAAGUAGGCGAUGUCUUAUAUGUUGAGCCGCACUGGGAUCUGGCAUUAGUCCGAUUGCAUCGUAUGGUCGAUACAUUUCAACCGAUGCCCAUUAAAGCCCAACAAUCAUCAUCAUCAGCCGAUAGUUUAGCGUUUGGCCAACCGAUAGCCAUGUACGGUCACGGCGCCCAAAUAGCUUGGACAGUACAUCCAGGUCUAGUUGUCCAACCGUUGGCCCAACAAUUCAAUGUAUACGAUAGCUAUUGUGUUAGCGGCAAUUUGUUCAAUGAUAACCAACCGAUUGUAUGCCAUACGGCCAUCAAUGCACACGGUUUUUCUGGCUGUCCACUAAUCGAUACCGAUGCCCGACAACUGUGCGGUCUAGUUUGGGGCGGGUUUAUGGAAAAAUCGUUGAUUACGUUUGCCAUCGACUUUCAAACAGUUAACGAGUUUAUAUUGCGGGCCUUGGAGUAUGAAGUGUCUAAUAAAAGACUAAAUCGGCUCCGGGAUCAGUAUUCAAUAAUAGGAUCCAGGGAUAGACAGUUGGCCCUAAUUUUGGCCAAACAUUACGAUAAAAAUGAUGUUUGGUUUACUAUUGAGGAAUUGCUUCCCGAAUCCGAACCAAUAGAUAUUAUUAACCGAUAUGUAAUGUUCGUCAACGACCAGCCGUUUACCGACAUUGAAACCAUACGGACAGUCCUAUCAGUUGGCGAUGAAAUCAGUUAUCCGACUAUUCAAUUGACACUUAGGUCUUCAAUGUUUAAGUAUAAUAAUCAAUUUGAUAGGAAAGUUAACAUUACAUCCAUGAGCCCGGAUGUCCAGGCAUUUGUUUUCUAG